AUGCGGGCCUGGAAGACGCUAAAUCGUCGUCCUACCUUAGCUUCGAUCAAUGUGAGCUAUCACAAAACACUCGGUCACAGACUGCGGGAUGUGAUCGAGUAUAUCGGUAAUAAAGUGCAUCCGUUUGUCAAAUACAUAUUUCCUAAUUUCAUUGCCAUUCACUACUUUUACAUCAUCUUCAUGAUAGCUUUGGGAUCUAUUUUGAUGUAUCCAGUCAAGAACUAUGCCUACAUCGAUAUUCUUUUCACCGCGACUGGGGCGUGUACACAAGGCGGGCUAAACACCAUCAACAUAAAUGAGAUGACUCUGUACCAGCAGAUUGUCAUAUACCUCUUAUGCUGUCUGACCACCCCAAUUUGGAUACAUGGCACGCUGGCUUUCGUACGGCUCUACUGGUUUGAGCGUCAUUUUGAUGGGAUUAAAGACUGGUCAAAGAAGAAUUUCAAGAUGCGUCGAACAAAGACUCUUAUCCAGCGUGAGGUGACCAGAACGGGAACUGGAAUGCAGCGCAGGCCUACUUUGAAAAAUGGACACAAUGAUCAUAGCUUUACAAAUAACAGGGACUUUCAAAGCAAGCUUUUCAGUGGGCAGAUGGUCAAUAGGGAGGAAAACACAGGCGCGAAAGACAAUUACGAGAUGAACACCCUGAAGGAAAACACAGGCGACCAGCUUGACAAAAAGGACGCCCACGCGAGCUCGUCUACGGUAUCUACUAAGAGUAUUGAGCAAGGAGAUGAUACACCAGGGAUCAAGUUUGGAGCUAUGCCUAAACCACCCAAGAAUGACAGUGGUCGCAGCGUUGCAGCUACUGAGAAGUUCAGUGGGAGAAGGGGGUCGGAGGACAUUUCACCUGCAGAUAUGUUUCGCUCCAUAGCCAUGCUUAGAAGUCAACAUGAUAUUGAAGAAAGAGAUGAGGACGGACCGGCGCUGGUCAUAAAUGGGCCCGCUGAAAGACACGAGAUGGUUACAAGGAUAAACGUCCCAGCUAAAAGUAACUCCAAUCCUGCUUUUUCUCCGAUCCAAAGUGAUGCGACCGUGCCGCCUUCGCCCACGCACAGCGACACGACGGUUCUUUCCACUUUAAGAGACACAAACCCAGUUCAAAUGACGCUGAACAAUUCACCAGGUUCUGCAGAGACUAGUAGCGGCUCCUUUUCCAAGGAAGAAGAUAACAAACCUGUUCAGUGGGCCCCUGAUCAGGAUAAUGACAGAUUUGCUCCUUCAUCUAUUCACUUUCAAGAUGCACGACCACCGCCCUCGCGAGGGAGAAAACAAAUGUUCGGGAGACGCUCAACUCGUUUCGAAAUGAAGCAGAAAAUACCAAAAAAGUUCAUUCGUUCAGGGAAACUCAGAGAAAGGCUACGAAAUCUGAGAAGCGAAACCAACGAAGAUGGUAACGACGCUGAUAUGGAACUGGAGUCUAGCGAUAAUGAAUCUGCUGAGCCUAACUAUAUGCCUGAGGACCUGAAUCCAGUACAAAGCGCUUCGAAUGAGGCGAGUGAAAUGUCAGAUCUCGAAAAGGUUCACUCAAAUUUAGUAGUACCAUCACAGGAUGCUACAGGCGGCGCAAAGUUCUACAAAAGAAGCAACACAAUGGAACCACCAGGAGAUAGAAAUUUAGAGCUACUCACCAAGUCUCCUAGUUUUCAAAGAAUGAUCUACGAAAAAUGGAAGGAAGAUCGCCGGCGUAAUGGUGGAUUUCUGCGCCGUAAAAAUUCAGCACUUACUCGCAGCUAUAGCGGCUUCGGUGGCGGUCGUGAACCUUCACUCGGCCUGGAGAGAGGUCAAGGGGAAACGAGUGAUGACGAAGAAGCAUUAGGUGAGUAUGCAGGCAUGUCUUUCGACCAGCCCUUGCAAAGGCCACCACGACUUCAGAGAAUGAGUACCAACUAUUUGUCAUAUCAACCCAAAAUCGGUCGCAAUUCGACGUUCGUGGGCCUUAACGAGGUGCAGAGAGCAGAGUUGGGUGGUGUGGAAUAUAGAGCCAAUAAACUUCUCUGCAGGCUCGUGCUAGUGUACUACAUUGGAUUUCACAUAAUGGCCUUUGUUAUGUUACUCCCGUGGAUCACAAAGAUGAAAAAGUACAUUACUCUCGUGCGAUCUGAUGGCAUUUCUCCUGCUUGGUGGGGAUUUUUCACUUCGAUGAGUGCAUUCAACGAUUUGGGACUAACACUGACCCCAGACUCGAUGAUGUCCUUCAACAAAGCAAUAUAUCCACUGAUUGUCAUGAUCUGGUUUAUUAUAAUCGGUAACACUGGCUUCCCUGUGUUUCUAAGAUUCAUUAUCUGGGUCAUGUUCAAACUGAGCCCUGAACUAUCCUUAACAAAGGAGUCGCUGGGUUUUUUGCUAGAUCACCCCCGCCGUUGUUUUACAUUACUUUUUCCGAGUGCUCCGACUUGGUGGCUAUUAUUCAUUCUAGUCGCGUUAAAUGUUGUCGAUUUGAUUCUGUUCAUUGUUUUAGACCUUAACUCUCAAGUGGUUGAGGGUUUGUCGAGCGGCUUCAAAGUAUUAGACGGACUUUUUCAAGCAGUAAGCACGCGUACUGCGGGUUUCUCUGUUUUGAAUUUGAGCAUGCUGCACCCAUCGGUUCAGGUAUCUUAUAUGCUGAUGAUGUACGUGUCUGUGCUACCCCUGGCUAUCUCUAUUAGGCGGACGAACGUUUACGAAGAGCAAUCUUUAGGAAUCUAUCACCCGCAUGAUGAAAAUGAGGGCUCUGACCAAGAUUCAAGAAUAGACAAGAGCCCAAAAUCCUUCAUCGGUGCGCAUUUGCGUCGCCAACUCUCUUUUGACCUGUGGUUUCUUUUCCUAGGGCUAUUCAUUAUCUGCAUAAGCGAGGGAAGUAAGAUAAAGGAUCCCAAAAAGCCAGACUUCACUGUUUUCCAAGUGCUAUUUGAGGUCGUUAGCGCCUAUGGCACAGUAGGGCUUUCUCUAGGGUAUCCGAACACGGACCAAUCUUUUAGUGCACAAUUCAACACCUUUUCCAAAGUGAUAGUGAUAUUUAUGAUGGUGCGUGGGAGACACAGAGGCCUGCCAUACACGCUGGAUCGUGCCAUCAUUUUGCCGAGCCAAAGCUUGGAACAGCGCGAUGAGAUUGAGGACAAGAAUCGCGAGAAUGGGUCCGGUAAUAGAGAUCCGCUUCUCGCAUACUUGCGGGAUCGUUCGAAGUCCGCCGAGGGUCGUUUCAAAAGUAUGCUACCAGGCCGGAAAUCUUCGCAUCGUCAGCAACAAGGCGUGAGACGCAUGCACACGAACGAGACUCAAUCUACACCCAGAGGGUAUGUUCGCGCUGAAAAUGCUCGUUCACCAUCGUUACGUGGCUCAGUAAACUACCAGUCCUCGGCAAGAGACUCUGCUGCAUCUCGUGGAGAAAUAAGUCCUACGUCGCGCUCUCCACACGCAAGCCACGGCAACUUGGAAUCUGAGAGGGGAACUUUUGGAGAACAUCGAGACAACAGCUCUCGCUUUUCCGCGACAAGAUCUACUGACGAGUACCAAGAGGACGACUCUCAAUUAUCAAAAGAGGCGCCGGACGCUCAAGAAGGAAACCCGGCUCGUGUUUUGCCAUGA